ACUUGCAAAGAAAGAAAAACAAUAAGAGGUUCUCAUCUCACAUUCACUGAUUCACAUUGCAGCAGGCACAAAUAAACUUUAUACUUGAGAGUUGAGAUCUCAGAUCUACAAUACAGAAGCACUCUAGGAAGGCAGAUCAAUAGAAAGGCGACAUUCAACGGAUCGGGCAGAGCAAGCAAAAUAUGGCUUCUCUGAUCAAUGAAGCAGCAGCCAGUUCUUCAUCUUCUUCUCCCCCACUUUCUCCUACUGAUGACCAAAAUCAUUACAGACACCAGGUCUUCCUGAGUUUUCGAGGUGAUACGCGCUUUAAUUUUACAGAUCAUUUAUACAACGCUUUAUGUGACAGAGGAAUUGAGACUUUCAGAGAUGCUGAUAAGCUCAGAAGAGGAGAAGAAAUAUCACCGGCUCUUCUCAAAGCAAUUGAGGAGUCCAGAGUUUCAAUCGUUGUCUUCUCUCAAAACUAUGCUUCCUCAAGGUGGUGUUUGGAUGAACUCGUGAAGAUACUUGCAUGCAGACAAUCUAAAGGACAAGAGGUCAAACCGGUUUUCUACAAAGUGGAUCCCUCAGAUGUACGACACCAAAAAGGCGCCUUUGGUGACGCAUUUGCUACACUUGGUGGCAGAUACGGGGAUAGUAUGGACAAAUGGAAGGCAGCUCUUAAGGAAACAGCAAAUUUGUUUGGAUGGCAUCUCAAGGAUGACGAGUACGAGACUAAAUUUAUCAAGAGAAUUGUUGGGGAGUUAUCCGCCCAACUAAAGUUAUCAUGUGACUUGCAUGUUGCUGAACAUCCAAUUGGAUUAGAGACUUGUAGACAAGCUGUCAAGAGUCUUUUAAAAGCCGAGGAAAAUGUUGUUCGCAUGGUGGGAAUAUGGGGGCCUGGUGGAAUAGGAAAGACCACAAUUGCUAAAUAUGUGUUUAAUUCUAUUCACCAUAAGUUUGAAGAUGACAAUCCUAGACGGGAAAAAUGAGUUUGUGAUUGGCACUAGGCGGGAAAUUUGCUUGUUGUGUACCUAAACCGAAAUUUCAAGUGUAGACUAUCAAACAACCGAAAUUCAUUUAUGUGUUGUCUGAAUUGAUUAUACAAAGUAGAAAACUAAACUUAAUACUGCCGCUCUGACAAAAUGCACAUUGUUGAUCUCCCGCCCACUUAGCCAUUUUCAACACUAGAGAGUCUUCGAGAAAAAUAGCAAAACCCAUCCUCUUCUUCUCAAAGCAGAACCCAUCUUCUUCUCUUAAAGAAUUGAACCCAUCAUUCUUCUCGAAACCCGUCUUUUUCUUAAACACAUCUUCUGAAAACACUCGAUUAGGGUUCCAUAUACUCAAUUAGGGUUUUCAAUUUGGGGACUUGAAGGAGGAGGAAUAGGGGGUGGUUUCUCGGGUUUCUUCAAUCAUUGAAACCCUAACUCGCUCUCUCCAACUUAUUCGCGACCCCUCAUACUACACCGCACUCUGAAGCUCGUCCCUAACCUGGUGUCGCGACAGCCCACCUCUCCGGCCUCGUCUUCGCCUUCUUUCGCUCCGAUUCAGUGAGUGAGCUUUCAAAGAUCUAUUCAGACUCUCCACUAUCUCUAUCGCUAAAUACGAAUCGAAGACAAGCUACUUCUUGGGCUAUGGAGCCUCGGGUAGGGGGACGAUUCUGAGUCGGCCAGAAGAACAGUAGUGGAUCCUUUGGAGAGAUCUACUUAGGUGCAUGCUCACUUCUUCUUUUUGCUUUUCUUGCUUUUCGUUAUUGCUAACUCAUGUUCUGUUUUGGUAUCUUGAUCGAUCUGUUUGGUUUGGUUUGAUUCUGGUAUGCAAUCAUAGUGUCUCAGAUGUAGUUCCAUUUCAGUUAAAGGUUCUGGUAUUAGUGCUCAGAAUGGUGAUCAUGACUUUUUCCUUUUUUCAAUCUUCUUUAAUCAAUCCCUGCAUUUUUCAUUUUCCAAUGUUGUGUUAUUGUUUACUGUAAUUGUUUUGGCAGAUUUUGUUUUUCUUUGGUUUUUUGAAGAAAUAGUUUUCAUUUCUGGGUGUUCUUAAUUUUUUUUUCAGUUUUUAUUUUAGGUGAGUGGUGAUUAUUUCUUGUGAAAUACAAUGGUAGUUUUUCAUUUUAUCUGGGUGUAUAUUGUGCUGGGAUUUUUUAUUAUUAUUAUUAUUGGAUUGACUUUUCUGGAACUUGAGUAGGUCUAUUUCUUGGUUUCAAUUUCAAGUUCUUUUUCGCUUUUAAGAUUCUGAAUUAGACUGAAUUGCAAAGAAUUAAUCAAAAGAUUAACUGUUUAGGACUAUCCUUGUGUUUGGGGAUUGAUUUGACAAUUUUUAAAAACAAUCUUUGCUGUGAUUUAGAAUUCUGUGUGUUUUGAAAUGUGUAUGAGUUGAUAGUUAUACUUAUUCGUUCGAGCCACUAUGGUGGGCGGGCAUGAUCACCUGUAAGUUUAGCUCUUGUCGCUUUUCUGUUACACUUUUAUAUAGGACUAAAGGACAUGAGAUCUUGAUUUCUGGUUUUCAAUUGCAAUAUGCUAAUAAAGGAAUUUUGGAGCACCAACAUUGAUCUUCAUCUCCACCGCAGGUAAAAAUUGCAUCUCUAUAAUGGAUUGGGUAUGAGUAAGCAUUCCUUUUAUUCAUCUCAUCUUAGGGAACCUAAUUAAUGAGCACCAGAGCUUAAAUAAAUAAGUAGUUGUAUAUGUUGGGUGCUGUUAUUCUAGUGUUGGCUUUUGUACUCACACUUUCAUAAAUGUAUUGAUACCUCAUUAAUACUAUGGAAUUUAGUUCAGUUUUAAUGUAUUGAUACCUCAUUAAUUCUUGGUUUCAUGUCGAUAGGGCAAUCGAGCUAUUGUGGAAAUCGAGCUAUUGUGGAAUUCCAGUUUGCAGAUUAUAUUUUUCCCGCUUUU